CAGCUCCUAUGGCCACUUCAAUAUCUUACUUGUCUAGUAGACCUGCCCUUGUUUUUGUUGUUGCAUUGUUGGAAUAUUAUCUCAUCUCCCUUAAUCACCUGGUAUUCAGUGCUAACAGCUCUCCUAAUUAUAAUUACUGCGGACCCAUUGAAGCCAACGACACUGACCUGAUUCAGUUUGCGUUGAACUUGGAAUUCUUGGAGGCUGAGUUUUUCCUGUAUGGUGCUUUUGGCGAAGGGCUCGAUGCUAUCAGUCCAAAUUUGGCUCUAGGUGGGCCCCCUCCCAUUGGCGCUCACAAGGCCAAUCUCAACCCUCUUUUUGCCCCUAUCAUCCAAGAAUUUGGAUAUCAAGAAGUUGGUCAUCUCAGAGCAAUUAUUACAACAAUAGGAGGAUUUCCAAGGCCUCUGUUAAACCUGAGCCGUGAGAAUUUCGCAGCACUGUUUGACCAAGCAGCGGGGUUCCCGUUGACCCCUCCAUUUGACCCAUAUGCAAACUCAGUCAAUUAUCUGCUCGCAUCCUAUACCCUCCCUUACAUGGGACUAGUAGCAUAUUUGGUGGCAUCACUUUUGGGGGUGGAGGCCGGACAAGAUGCAGUGAUACGUGCCUUGCUGUAUAACAUGGCUCAUUGGAAGGUGUUUCCGUACACACUCACAGUGGCUGAUUUCACCAACCUAAUUUCUGGCCUUAGGAACAAGCUUGGCGGGUGUGGCAUCAAAGAUGAAGGCAUCAUAGUGCCCGAGAAGCUCGGGGCUGAGAAUCGGACGUGUAGCAACGUCCUGUCGGCUGACCCGGAUUCGCUGUCGUAUGCCAGAACACAACCUGAGAUCCUGAGGAUUGUGUAUGCAACUGGCGAUGAGUCUGUGCCAGGAGGAUUUUAUCCUCGAGGUGCAAAUGGCAACAUUGCAAGGCACUUCCUUAAUGAUUAUUAGUAUCUCUUAAUGAUUUAUAAGACCACC